UGUUAGUACCUAAAGUGACUUCUGUAAAGGAGCAAUCUCUCCAAUACCUUGCUUAGGUGAUCAGAGGUUUUUGGGUUAUCCUCUGCCCUCCUCGUUUCUCUUUAAAGCUGCUGCCUCUUAAAAGCUAAGCUACGGCACAUGCUGUUGCUUAAGGAAAACUUGUUAUCUCUCCCUAAGGAAAUGUAAAUAUUCUUGUUUCAUGUUGUUUCUGAAAGGAUAUUGCUUAAGGUGAAGAAACAGAGGGUUGUUCCGUCUAUUUUGUUAGAGAAUCGUGUGUUUAUGUAGAUGAUUUGACACUAACGUUUGGAAAAUGUAAGGUGAAGAGGGCUUAGAUCAAUGUUAAAGCCACAGAAAUUGUUCUUAAAAUGAACCGAACAUAAGUGACAUUGGCAGUUCUGAAAUUUAUUAAUAUAUAUUGUAGCACCCACUGACCUUUUUAAUGUAGGAAUGUAAAUCUAUAGAAUGUUUAUCUCGUGGUUUAUUAUGGUUUAUUUUAACGAAGUUCAUGAAAUUAUGUUUCAAAAUCGUUCCAACUUCAAAGUGGGGAAUACAUAUUCUGAUGAUUGCCUAGCGCAGUUGUUACGCUGAUUCUUCCAAAACAUAAAUAAUACCUAUUUGUCACGUCUUUCUCCAAUGAAAUAUUUUUUCCUACCUAUAAUGUACUGGGAUUUUUCCUUAUAGCCAUUUCAAAACUGAUCAGAAAAACUAAAAUUGAACACAAUUAUUCAAAUCUCUUUUGCUCUUAAGGAUCAGAGUCUAAUAAUUUACUGGGGGAAAAUAAAACAGGAUUGUAAAAAUCUUCCUCUUAAUUAUUUUUAUUUUACUGUAUUACAUCUCUUUCCUUGAUUCUUCUCUUCCUGCAAUUGGAUAAAAUUGGGAUUUGAAAAUCGUAUUCUAAGUUUAGGUGUUAAUCCUUAAACCAUUAAAAGCAGGAGGAGUUUCUUUCUCCAUGUUCAUUGGAUGCUAGGUAAAGGCUGUCUUUAGUUAUAUAUUUGGAUAUUCUUGAUAUCAGAAGAAUGUAAGCAUGUGUCUAAGAAUUUUGCUCACACAUUUAACUGUAGUAGGGUGCAUUUGUGGAAUAGUCUUGACUUCUCCCUUUCUUAUCUGGCUUGUAGGGAACUAAAGGGAUUCUCUUUUUACUUUUGCCACCAGUGGAAUGGGCUAGAAACUAUAAAAACUACUUUCUCUAUGGUGAUAUAAUGUGCUCCGUGUACUGUUGAGAAUGUGCUUGUGGAUUCUUCCAGUCCUGAACGUACUGUACCUAAUCAGUGUGUUUGUAUUCUGUGUAACCAAGGCACAUUAGGUGUGUUGGCAUUCUUGGCUACUUUAGAGUAGAAACUGACAACAACCUUUCCUUGGGCAGUUGGUUACAAGGCACUGCCUCCCCCUUUCCCCCCAGCUCACGUUUGGUUUUAAUGGUAGAUAAGAGCUGGCACAGCUUCCGUGCCCUUUUCAGCACCCUGCGCAAUACAGUGCUGUGCUAGCAAUUGCUGAGAGCCUGCCUAAAGAUUUGUCUUACACAGUGAUUGAAGAGUAUAUGCUUGUUGGUGUUGCAGUGACUGCUUUGGUUAUGUGAUCACCUGUGAGAAGGAGACCUGCUUAGUGGAUGAGGGAAAGGCUGUGGAUGUAGGCUACCUGGACUUUACUGAAACCUUUGAUACUGUCUCCCACAGUAUUCUCCUGAAAAAGCUGGCAACCUAUGGCUUGUCCAGCUGCUCUGUCUGCUGGCUAAAACAGCUGGAUCAAUGGCUAGGCUAAGAUAAUGGCGGUAAAUGGAAUUACAUCCAGCUGGUAGCUGGUCACAAGAGGUGCUUCCCAGGGCUCAGUAAAUAUUUAAGAUUUUUAUUGGUGAUCUGGGUGAGAGGAUCAAGUAUACCAUCAGUGAGUUUGCAAGCAACACCAAGUUGGCAGGAGUGUUGAUCUGCUUGAGGGUAGAAAGGCUCUGCAGAGUGUUCUGGACAGGCUGGAUUGAUGGGAAAGGCCAGGGGUAUGAGGUUCAACAUGCCACGCCAGGUCCUGCGCUUCAACAGCUCCAUCAAGUGCUACAGGCUCGUGCAGAGUGGUGGAAAGGGGUCCAAUAGAAAAGGCCCUGGGGUUACUGGUUAACAGCAGCUGAACAUGAGCCAGUGUGCCCAAGUAGCCAAGAAGGCCAGUGGAUUGCUGGUCUGUACCAACAAUGUGCUCCUGUACCCCACAUUGGUGAGGCCAGGCUGAAAUGAGGGUAUACCCAAAUGAGGGUCAUUCUGUUCUCCCAGCUAACAAGCAAUUGGGCAAGAGGAAAAGGCCUGAAGCUGCGCUAAGGGCAGUUUAGAUAACGUAUUAGGAAAAAUUUCUGUGCUGGGAGGUUGAUCAGAUAUUGGAAAAGAGCACCCAGGAGAGUAGUUGAGUCAUCGUGCCUGGGUGCAUUCAAAAGAUGUGUAGACAUGGAUCAGUGGUGGACCUGGCAGAGUCAGGUUAACAGCUGGACUUGGUGACCUUAAGUGUCUUUUCCUGAAUGAUUCUAUGAUUCUACUGCUAGUAGAUGCCAUAUUUAAGAUUAUUGUAAAGCUAAAAGGCAAACCUCAGUUAUCAGGCAAAAUAAAAUGUGUAUUUAGGAGCCUAUCGAUGAGUAUGUUUUACUGAUUAAAACCCCGUAUUGCUUAAUAGCAAACUCUGUGUAAGUUAACUGCAAUGGAAUGCUUUUUAAGUCUUUGCUGGCAGUCGCAAGCAGGAUUGGGAACAUGAUCUUCAUGUCUUUUCUACUGGACAUUCUGCCAUUCAGUGCUAGAUUCCUGCAGUGGUUAUGUGGUCAUGUGUGUUGUCUUAUUCUUCACAUUUGUAAAGUCCGGGAAAAGCUUUUUUUCCUCAGAUGUGAGCAAGAACUUGAAGUCCUUCAGUGAGCUGGAAAUUCUACUUUUUUAUGUUCCCUCUUCAUUCUUGAAUUGUGACUAGAAAACCGUAUCAACCUGUUGCAAGACCAGAGAAUACACGUUACACACCCUGGAGCUGAGGCACAGAAGCUGGCAGAUUAAUUCAGCGCUGUAUAAGAAAGUAUGUGACCUGCUGUUGGUUGUGGAAAGCAUUAACACCACCAAUGAAUGGCUUGAUCUUUGCUCUCGGCUCCAGAUGACCUGUCCUGUUGUUUAUAAGGAUGUCGUCUGUUACUGAAAAUGGAGAUGCUACUGGUGGAAAACCAAAUGAGGAGAAAACAUAUAAAAAGACUGCAUCCUCGGCUAUUAAAGGUGCUAUCCAGUUGGGAAUAGGAUACACAGUAGGAAAUCUUACAUCAAAACCAGACAGAGAUGUUCUUAUGCAAGACUUCUAUGUAGUGGAAAGUGUCUUUCUACCAAGUGAAGGGAGCAAUCUUACCCCUGCUCAUCAUUACCCUGACUUCAGAUUUAAGACAUACGCACCUCUUGCCUUCCGUUAUUUCAGAGAGCUUUUUGGUAUCAAGCCUGAUGAUUAUUUGUACUCAAUCUGCAGUGAACCUUUAAUUGAAUUAUCCAACCCAGGUGCCAGUGGGUCCUUAUUUUUUGUAACUAGUGGUGACGAAUUCAUCAUCAAAACAGUUCAACACAAAGAAGCUGAGUUUCUUCAGAAGCUUUUGCCAGGUUAUUAUAUGAAUCUGAACCAGAAUCCAAGGACUCUUCUUCCCAAAUUUUAUGGGCUGUACUGUGUUCAGUCAGGAGGUAUUAAUAUUAGGAUUGUUGUCAUGAACAAUGUUUUGCCACGAGCCUUGAAAAUGCAUUUCACAUACGACUUGAAAGGCUCUACAUACAAACGGAGAGCAUCAAGGAAAGAGAGGGAGAAGUCCAACCCUACAUUCAAAGACCUGGAUUUCCUGCAAGAUAUGCAUGAAGGGUUAUAUUUUGACUCUGAAACACACAGUGCACUAAUGAAGACACUACAGCGGGAUUGUCGGGUUCUAGAAAGUUUUAAGAUCAUGGAUUACAGUCUGCUUUUGGGGAUCCACAUAUUGAACAGUAACAUGAAGGAAAAAGGAGGAGAAUGUUCCCGGAGUGCAUCAGAUGCAAAACGCCAUGGAGGGCAGAAAGUUCUCUAUUCCACAGCAAUGGAGUCUAUACAAGGCCCUGGGAAGUCUGGAGACUCCGUCACCACAGAGACAACAAACACAAUGGGAGGUAUUCCAGCAAAAAGCCAUAAAGGUGAAAAGCUGCUUUUAUUUAUGGGUAUUAUUGAUAUUCUCCAGUCUUACAGGUUAAUGAAGAAGCUGGAACAUUCUUGGAAAGCUCUUGUUUAUGAUGGGGAUACUGUUUCAGUUCACCGACCAAGUUUUUAUGCAGACAGAUUUUUAAAGUUUAUGAAUGCAAGAGUUUUCAAAAAAGUUCAAGCUUUAAAGCCUUCACCCUCAAAGAAGCGAUGCAAUUCCAUCACAGCCCUAAAGGCAGCAUCACAAGAAAUAGUGUGUGCAGUUAGCCAGGAGUGGAAGGAUGAAAAGCAUGGCAUUCUUGCUGAAGGACAAAGUUAUGCCAGCCUUGAUGAAGAAGUGCUAGGUUCACACCACCGGCCAGAUCUAGUGCCAAGCACUCCGUCUCUUUUUGAAGCAGCUUCCUUGGCAACCACACUUUCUUCUUCUUCCCUGAAUGUAGGUGAGCACUGUCAACGUGAUCAACAUACACUCUAUUCUAGCAGUAAAGGGUUACCUUCGAGUUCAACAUUCACUUUGGGAGACAGUGCCAUCUAUUUGACUUCAGAACAGAGCACAUUGGAAAUGGAAAAUGAUAAUGCUUCAGUUUUGGAUGUCUACUUAUAACAAAGAAUACAUUGAGUACAACUAAAAGAAGUGACCAUGGUUAAUGAAGAGCACUUUCUGCACUCCUCAUUUAAGAAGGAAGAAUUUGGUGAGCCUAAUAGACAAAGAGUAAUCAACAGAACUAAUUCUAAGAAGUGCCAGGAUCUUUGAACCAUAGAAAGGAUUGAUGGACUUGACAAAAAUGACAUGAAACAUUCCACACUCCACUGUCAUCUGCUGUUGCUUGCUCUACUGUGAAGAACUGUGUAUUCAGGCUGCUUUCUACAAUAUUGCCAAUCACCUUUUUUGCAUUUUGAAGUGAUAUUUUCUUAUCAGCUCUCUAGUGGUUUCAUUUGCAUGCACUGUGUAACUAUGCGCAAACAAAAUCUAUUACCUACUUUACCUAUUUAAAAAUAAACACAGUGGUGAAUAAAAUCAAUUUCAUUUUUUUGACUUCCUCAGUUCUAAUUGCUUAGGUCCACAUCAGUGGAAAUUGGAACUGAUGAUUGUACAAGGGUUAAGGCAAAUCUCUGCACAUGCCAUAUGAAAAUGAGCCUUUAAAGAUACUUUCACUGUGGGUAAAAAGGAGAUAAAAAUGUUAUUUAUAACAAGGCCUUAUGUUGUGUACAUAUAUUGUCCUUAAAAUAUUUUUGAUUUUGCUUUAUUUCUUGUAAAAGAGAAAUUCUGUAAUUUAUUUAGAAAAUACUACUGUAAACUAUAGUUUUAUUGAUGAAUAAAAGAUUUUAUUCUAAAGACUA